AUGGCUGCCAAACCUCACGUCGGCCUCAAGGCCGCGGUGGUUGCAACUCUCGCCACCGUCGCCAGCGGUCACUCUUGGAUCGAGCGUGCCUUCAAGGUCGCCCCCAACGGCACCAUGAUUGGAGCUGAAGGCUACGCUCGAGGCUGGGUUCCUCGCACUUCUACUAACCCUCCCUUCGCCGACAGCAUCCCUCAGUGGAUUCUCCCCGCUGCUGGCCAGAGUGCUUAUUCUGGGGAUGAGGUGCUGAACAAGUACAAGUUGGAUGAGAACCCUCCUUUCCCUAUGUUGGAAGCCGCACCGGGCGACCACAUAGCCAUUAUCCAUCUUGAGAACGGUCACACUACUCUUCCCCAGAAUCAGCCCAAGAAGCCCCUGAACCGCGGUACUGUCUUCCUCUACGGCACCAGCCAGCCCAAGGAGAGCGAGCGUCUCUUUGAUGUCCACCUUGUUUGGAACAAGAAGGGCACUGGAGGUGACGGUCGCGGCGUUCUCCUGGCUACCCGCAACUACGACGAUGGCCAGUGUUACCAGCCAAACCCCGGUCCCAUCAGCACUGAGCGAGCUGCCAAACUCGCCCCUGAGGGAGCUAACCAUGACAUUGAGCUUGGAUGCCAGUCUACCCUUCAAUUGCCUAGCGACCUCAAGCCUGGCUCCAUCUAUACCAUCUACUGGUACUGGGACUGGCCCGACCUGAACGCCGACAACAUCAACUUUGCUGCCACUACCAACGGCCUCUACCCCUGGGCUGGCACCUUUAUGCGCGGAGAGAAGGAUCCCAACGGCUUCACCAUGGCCGCCAUCGCCAAGAAUGAGAGUUAUGCUAGCACCAUCGACAUCAGGAUCACGGGUGACUCUUCUGCCACACACGCCAACUUGAUGAGCGAGUUCGUCGAUAAUCAAGACAUCUACACCAAAGCCAUCAAGUCUCAGAUGACCAGCAACUUUGAAGUCAACAUUGAUGCCAAUGGCGCCAAGGACAGUCCAAGUGCAGCUCCUUCAGCUCCUGCAGCCCCUGUCGCUCCCAGUGCAGUUGCUCCUCAGCCCUCUCAAGUGGCACCCACCUCGCCAGCUGGCAACGAGGGCAACGUUCAACACACCGUCACUCGCCUAGUCACUGCCGAGCCGUCAACCGUUUGGAAGACACUCUACAGAACAGUGUCGACUGACCAAGGACCGUCAACCUCAGCCUCGCCAACUGUGGAGCAGCCUCGUCCGACUGUCAUCAAGACCGUCACGAUGCAUGUCCCUGUUGCCGUGGCUGCGCCUACACCCUCGACAACCACUACCACUACAUCCACAACUUCGACUAGCACCAGUAGGGUUCAUCACUCUCCUUCCACCGUCUACAUGACCAUUACGAAGCACCUGCCUGCUGCCACGCCGCCAAGCGACAGUCCAGUUGAGGCGCCGACCUCGACCCUGUCGAGCUCCAGCUCCAGCAUCGAGCCCAUCGACAACCGUCCAACUGUGACGCCGUUUAUGCCCAUCGUCGCUAGGCGCAACUGGGCUUUCGGCCACCAUUAA